AUGGACUCAGCGAUCACCUAUGUGUUACAGCAAUGGACUCAGCGAUCACCUAGUGUGUUACAGCAAUGGACUCAGCGAUCACCUAGUGUGUUACAGCAAUGGACUCAGCGAUCACCUAGUGUGUUACAGCAAUGGACUCAGCGAUCACCUAGUGUGUUACAGCAAUGGACUCAGCGAUCACCUAGU